ACUGCAUGCCAGCUGUCAGUUACAUACCGUUCGUCGAAUUUAAUUCUGCACAUUAAAUCUAUUUUAAUUCUGCACAGAAUAAGUGAAAUAAUAACAUAUAUACAAAGAAAUAUCUAUCGCAGUAUGUCUAAUGCCACUCCAAAUAUUGAUAAAGAACUGAACACUGCCAAUAGAGGUAGAGGUGUUUGGUUAGUUAAGGUACCCAAAUAUAUUGCUAAUAAAUGGGAUAAAGCGCCUGGAAAUAUUGAAGUGGGUAAACUUAAAAUAGUUAAACCAGAAGGACAAAAAUCACAGGUAUCACUAACAUUAUCAGAAGCCGUAUUAUGUCUCAAAGAACCAGGAGAAAUGAGUAUUCCAAAAGAACAUAGAUUAGACGUUUCUACUGUGACAAGGCAAACGCUAGGAGUUUUUUCUCAUAUGACACCGGAUAACACAGAUCCCUUAGAUACGAAACCUGAACUUUUAUUUAUGGAAGGUCGUAUUGUUCAAAAGUUAGAAUGUAGGCCCUAUGCAGAUAAUUGCUACAUGAAUAUGAAAUUGCAAUCUAUUAAAAAGGCAUCCAUGCCGGUGAGACAAGUUAAACAGCUAGACAGAGUUGUUCAAAAUUUCAAGCCUGUUUCAGAUCACAAAGCCAAUAUUGAAUAUAUGGAACGAAAGAAGGCAGAAGGCAAAAAGGCUCGUGAUGAUAAAGAUGCAGUAUUGGAAAUGCUUUUCUCUGCCUUUGAGAAACAUCAAUAUUAUAAUAUUAGGGACCUAGUUAAAAUUACACGACAGCCUGUCACAUAUUUAAAAGAAAUUUUAAAAGAAGUGUGUAAUUAUAAUUUAAAAAAUCCUCACAGAAAUAUGUGGGAAUUAAAACCUGAAUAUAGACAUUAUAAAGAUGAUCAAAAGGAAGAGGAAAAUGAAGAGAAAAAUAGUAGUGAUAGUGAUUGAUAAUGUGGUGAUAUUUUAGGUAUAUUAUUUUGAGAAUAAAAGGUGUUACAAUCUAAGUUUUCUAAUUUUAAAAAGUUUGAACACUAUUUAAUUUAUAUUUUUAUGUUUUAUAGCAUGUUGGAAAUGUACAUGAUAAAAGCAA